AUGGGUCAGGGAGAAGGAGAUAAAAGCAAAGGAUUUGAUGAAGAAGCAGGUACCCAGCAUCAUCAAUACGGUACCUUUCAAGGUGUUUCCAAUUACCCGCCGCCGCAGAAUUCAGCUCCGGUUUCAGCUCCGGUCACUGGAUUUCCUCAACCUUCGGCGCCGCCUGGGGUUUACGAUUCCUCCGCUCCUUAUUACCCCCAUGGAUAUCAAACUGUUCCAGUCUAUGGUGGUGUUGCUGAAGGAAGACCUGUGAUUGUGAGAGAACGCCGUCUUCCUUGCUGUGGAUGUGGUUUUGGAUGGUUCCUGUUCAUAAUUGGGUUUUUGCUUGGAGCACUCCCUUGGUAUCUCGGAGUGUUCAUCAUGAUAGUUGGGAAAAUUGACCACAGGGAGAAACCAGGAUACAUUGCUUGCACCAUCGCUGCUAUUCUUGUAACAAUCGCUGUGAUUCUGGGUGUAUCUAAAGGAGCAGAAGAUUGGGAUUGGUGA